UAGAAAAUGAGUUAUUUAAAAUAUAUUUUCUAUGGUAUUUAGCUUUUUUGAAAGUGUAAGUUAGAAAUGUUCGAUAAAUUUAAUUCUAUAAAUUAAAAUAUUUGAUAAAUCAAAAGUGAAAAUUGAGAAUAUUUUAAAAUAAUAAAAUUCAGGGCAAAUUUAUAUAACAAAACCAAACAUGCAUGACCUUGAAAUGUACAAAAUUCAGGAACCCUCAGUAUUCAAUUGCCCUUUUCUUCUAGAUUCUAGUGUGCCAUUGUUUCAUCCUUGUUCCUUUUCAAUUUUUCUUCUCCUGUUAAUUUCUUUAAGUCAUUAAAAAUAGAGAAGCCUAAAAGCCAUAAACUCAACUGCACCAUUUUAACAACCUCAACAAAAACAAACCUAAUACCCAAUCUCCCAUUCUCUUUUUAGUUUAUAAGGGACCAUAGUUGGUAACUAUUGGUACUAAAAAAGCAUGGUCCAAACCCAUCAUAACAUGCACACCAAAAUGGCAAAUCUCUCUUCUAUUUUAGCCAUAAUUUUUCUAGUCUUCUUAAUGACAAUCAUCAAUCAAUCCUCCUCAGCUAGGACUUUUGGCAAUCCAACCCCAACUCAUCAACAUUCCCACAACAAUAAGCACAAUCCCAAAAUCGCUUUCCUAAUGCAAAAUAUACUCAAUGUGACACACCCAUCACAAGAACCUACAACCACUAAAUUCACUAGCCAAAUCCCAUUCUCUAAACCUCUAGGCUAUUUUCCUCCUAAUAAAGGAAUCCCUUUACCACAAUCCGCUGUGGCCGGAUUUUCAUCGGAGACCCUCAAGUUUUCGAAAAUUGGGCUAUCGUUUCCGGCUAAGGCUACUCUACAAGAGUUGGAACUUGGGACUGUGACAAAAAUUGAUGAGCAAUUGUUUGAAGGUGCAAUGUAUGGGUCUUUAGUAGUUGGAAAAGCAGAAGGGAUAUUUGUUGCUAGUUCAGAAGAUGGAAAUAGCCAUAUGGUGGCAAUAACAGCAAAUUUUGGCGCAAGUGAGUCGAAAGAUGAACUGAAAUUUUUUGGGGUUUAUAAGAGGGAUGUGCCUGAGUCUCAUAUUGCAGUAAUUGGUGGAACAGGGAAAUUUCAGAGUGCUAAUGGCUAUGCAGUGAUUAAGGCUGUUAAUGGAAGUUCUGUUAAUGAAGUAGAGGAAGAAAAUGGAAUUAAGAAACUCCUUUCUUUCAAUGUUUACCUUAGUUAGUCAAAAGUUUUACUAAUCACUUAUGUAAUUACUUUUAAUAAUACUGUUUUAAGGAUUGAUUUGUCAA